AUGGACCUCAGUUCAGAGAAAAUAGAGCGGAUCCUCUCCAAGUACAAAUUCCAUGAUGUUGCUGUUGAGGAGCUGCAGAAAAUGUAUCGCAUCUACCCUGGGAUGAAACCGUUCACAGGCACAUACACAUUUAGUGACGGCACCCAAAAAGAUCUCCUGAAAUUAAUUGGCAACCUCCCUGUCCAGUAUGAAGGCCGCUCCUACAACUUUCCCAUUCAGCUAUGGCUAAUGGACUCAUUCCCCAUCACUCCUCCCAUAUGCCUCCUGAGACCAACCCCUAACAUGGUCAUCAGGGAGGGCAAGCAUGUAGAUGCUCGGGGACGGAUCCACCUGCCAGGGCUGCACACCUGGGAUUAUCCCAAGUCAUCUGUUGUGAGUCUUCUGAAUGAGAUGUCUGCCAAGUUUGAGGAGGAUCCUCCACUCUCUACAAAGACCACAGGAGAAAAUAAAGACCCCAAUGAGCUUCUGGCUUUUGUCUCUAAUCUCCAGAUAAAUGAUGGUGGAAUCGUACAUCAUGAUAAACCGACCAACAAAGUCUCAGUUAUCGGGGGAGGAGAUUUAGGAAUGGCAUCAGUGAUGAGUAUUUUAUCAAAGUGUGAAGUGGAUAAACUUGUUUUCAUUGACGUCGCCGAGAGUUCCACCAAGGGCGGCAGUACAGAUCUAGAGAUAUUUAGUCUGCCUAAGGUUGACGUAUCAAGAGAUAUAUCCGCCUCCGCGGGCUCCAGGGUUGUCGUGGUGACUGCAAAUGCGUGGAGCAGCGAGCAGUCGUAUGUAAGUGUGGUUCAGACUAAUGUGGACUUGUACAGAGGAAUCAUCCCAAAUCUGGCGCGUCUCAGUCCCAAUGCAGUGAUGCUCAUCGCUUCACAACCAGUGGACAUCAUGACCCAUGUUGCCUGGAGGCAGAGUGGCCUGCCUCCGACACGGGUGAUCGGAGCAGGGUGUAACCUGGACUGACGACUUAGUCAUAUUCUGGAUAUUAACCUGAACACUCACAAACCAGCCUGGGUCAUAGGAGAACUUUCAGACAAUAAAGUUGCUGUGAUGAGCAAUACUGGGCUGAGCUCCCAGCAGCCAGAGAUCGCUGCAGGCUCCAGCUCCAAACCACUGUUAGACAGAGCGUUUGAGAUGAUGAAGAAUCGAGGCCAGCGGUCGUGGUCUGUGGGUCUCUCCAUUGCUGACAUCACAAACAGUGUGCUGACAGAUAAGAUGAAGACCCACUCUGUCUCCACACUGGCUCAGGGAUGGGGCGGCAUAGGUGCAGAGGUGUUCCUCAGCCUGCCGUGCAUCAUGGGAUCAAAUGGUUCCACACGCUUGGCUGGAGUGUCACUGGGACAGGAGGAAGACUCCAAGCUGAGGGGCAGUGUCGCCUCCCUCUUUGACCUCAUGAGUCAGCUUAGGAUAUGAAGGAUAUGAUUGUACUCCCUGUUUUGGCAUAACUGACCAGUAUGGGAGCAGCAGCUGCUCACUGGCAGGGCAGUUUCCCAGUAAACACACCCUCAGCAGACAGACUGUAUCUGUGCUCAAGUUAAAUGCAGUUUGUUAGCUACUACCAGUUAAAAUUAUGGACAAAAUUGCUGGCUUAAAUAAGCAUUUUUGUAACUAUUUACCAGCACUGAGAAGUUACUAUUUUUGUCUCGUACAAAAUUUGCAAUUUGGAAAAAGAUACUUGAAUGCACUUUCAAAGCCAUGAAAUUCUAUGCAAAAGCAUGUAAAGAAUAGUGAUGCUUAUAGUUGACCUUUUAUUAUAUUUUUGUCACUAACAGCUCAAGUUGAAUUUGGCAUAGACUACUUUUACCAAAGAUGUAUGUGAUAAUGUAAUUGUUGUUUUUUUGUACUAACCCAAUCCUUAAUUCUUUUGGAAAAAAUCAGGGUGUUGGGAGAUAAAGUAUAAGGUAUGUAUAUCAUAUGCAGUACAGGGUGCUGGUGUUGACUCAGAAGUACUGCUUGUAUAUUUGAGUGGCCUUAUUUGCAGUCUUUGUGCCAUUAACAUAUUUAAUGACAAUAUGAAAAAACCUCUCAAAUUACAUAUUUAAAAGGCCUAUGCUCUUGUGUUAUUUUGUGUAAAAUACUUUGGAGAAGAAAAUAUAUGUACAGUACAACUACACUAUUUUGUGGGUGUGCAAUAAAUAUCUUAAACCAUG